UGUGCCUUUAACUCACCAACUGAAAAAAAAAAAGUGGGAAAGGAUGUCUGGAGGCGAGGCGUCCCAUUACAGAGGAAGGAGCUCCCUAUAUAAGCCUGCCAAAGCUGGCUGCUCUGGCCACAGCCUGCCUACCGUCACGCGUCUCUCCCGCGCGCAGACACACACCCUAGCCUCUGGUGGGCACAGACAGUGGCUGGGGAGACGCUAGGGACUGCGCGCUUAGGAACUCGCUGUGGCUUAACCCAGGUACUUCUUCACCAAGCCGGUGCACCCAGAGACUUUGAUUCCCCCGACCUGGAAAAGAUCCUUCUUCCAAGAAGAUUGGGGACAUCCAACUGUAUUCUUUCAAGUACAUCUAAAUACCAAAUUCUACUGGGAGUUCAGAUACCCUACAGAACGAGAGGCCCCUAGUCAAUCCAACCUCCACCAUGGGGGCCAUGACCUGGCUACUGCUGGGCAUCUUUUUAGCUUUGUCUGCCCUCACUCCCGAAGGUGGGGUCCUCAAGAAAGUCAUCAGGCACAAGCGAGAGAGUGGGCUGAACUUGACCCUGCCAGAGGAGAAUCAGCCAGUGGUGUUCAACCACGUUUACAAUAUCAAAUUGCCCAUGGGUUCUCAGUGCUCGGUGGAUCUGGAGUCUGCGAGUGGGGAGAAAGACCUGACCCCCACGCCAGAGUCCAGCAGAAGCUUCCAGGAACAUACAGUGGAUGGGGAAAACCAAAUUGUGUUCACACACCGCAUCAACAUCCCCCGCCGGGCCUGCGGCUGUGCUGCAGCUCCAGAUGUGAAGGAGCUCCUGAGCAGGCUGGAGGAGCUGGAGCUGUUGGUAUCUUCUCUAAGGGAGCAAUGCACCAUGGGUACAGGCUGCUGCCUCCAACCUGCAGAAGGCCGUCUGGACACCAGGCCCUUCUGCAGCGGCCGGGGCAACUUCAGCACGGAAGGCUGUGGCUGUGUCUGCGAACCAGGCUGGAAAGGCCCUAACUGCUCUGAGCCUGAAUGCCCUGGGAACUGUAAUCUCAGAGGCCAGUGCCUUGAUGGACAGUGUAUCUGUGAUGAAGGUUUCACUGGGGAAGACUGCAGCCAGCUGGCCUGUCCCAAUGACUGCAAUGACCAGGGCAGGUGUGUGAACGGGGUCUGUGUGUGCUUCGAAGGCUAUGCUGGCCUUGACUGUGGCCUGGAAGUCUGCCCAGUGCCCUGCAGUGAGGAACACGGGAUGUGUGUGGAUGGCAGGUGUGUGUGCAAAGAUGGCUUUGCCGGUGAGGACUGCAACGAGCCCCUUUGCUUAAACAACUGCUACAACCGUGGAAGAUGUGUGGAGAACGAGUGUGUCUGCGAUGAGGGUUUCACUGGCGAGGACUGCAGUGAGCUCAUUUGUCCCAAUGACUGCUUCGACCGCGGGCGCUGCGUCAAUGGCACCUGCUACUGUGAAGAAGGCUUCACAGGCGAAGACUGUGGCGAGCUUACCUGCCCCAACAACUGUCAGGGCCAUGGCCGGUGUGAGGAGGGACAGUGUGUUUGUGAUGAGGGCUUUGCAGGGGCAGACUGCAGUGAAAAACGGUGUCCCGCCGAUUGUCACCACCGUGGCCGCUGCCUCAACGGGCAGUGUGAAUGUGAUGAUGGAUUCACUGGGGCUGACUGUGGGGAUCUCCAGUGUCCCAAUGGCUGCAGUGGGCAUGGCCGCUGUGUCAAUGGGCAGUGCGUGUGUGAUGAAGGCUACACCGGAGAAGACUGCAGCCAGCGGCGAUGUCCCAAUGACUGCCACAGCCGGGGUCUCUGCGUACAGGGAAAGUGUGUAUGUGAGCAAGGCUUCAAGGGUUUUGACUGUAGUGAGAUGAGCUGUCCCAAUGACUGCCACCAACAUGGCCGCUGCGUGAAUGGCAUGUGCAUCUGUGAUGACGACUACACCGGGGAAGACUGCAGAGACAGGCGCUGUCCCCGGGACUGCAGCCAGCGGGGGCGCUGUGUGGAUGGACAGUGCAUCUGUGAGGAUGGCUUCACUGGCCCUGACUGUGCUGAACUUUCCUGCCCCAGUGACUGCCACGGCCAUGGCCGCUGUGUGAAUGGCCAAUGCAUCUGCCAUGAGGGCUUCACCGGCAAGGACUGCAAAGAACAAAGGUGCCCCAGUGACUGCCAUGGCCAAGGCCGCUGUGAGGACGGUCAGUGUAUCUGCCAUGAGGGCUUCACGGGUCUGGAUUGUGGGCAGCGCUCCUGUCCUAAUGACUGCAGCAACCAGGGACAAUGCGUGUCGGGCCGCUGCAUCUGCAAUGAAGGCUACACAGGAGUAGACUGCUUUGAGGUGUCCCCUCCCAAAGACCUCAUUGUGACAGAAGUAACAGAGGAGACUGUAAACCUGGCAUGGGACAAUGAGAUGCGAGUCACUGAGUACCUCAUCAUGUACACGCCCACCCAUGCUGAUGGCCUGGAGAUGCAGUUCCGUGUGCCUGGGGACCAGACGUCCACCACCAUCCGGGAGCUGGAGCCAGGGGUGGAGUACUUCAUUCGUGUGUUCGCCAUCUUGGAGAACAAGAAGAGCAUCCCCGUCAGUGCCAGGGUUGCUACCUACUUGCCUGCACCUGAAGGUCUAAAAUUCAAGUCUAUCAAGGAGACAUCUGUGGAAGUAGAAUGGGAUCCUCUAGACAUUGCUUUUGAAACGUGGGAGAUCAUUUUCCGAAAUAUGAACAAGGAAGAUGAGGGAGAGAUCACAAAGAGCCUGAGGAGGCCAGAGACUUCCUACCGGCAAACUGGCCUUGCUCCUGGCCAAGAAUAUGAAAUAUCUCUGCACAUUGUGAAAAACAACACCCGAGGCCCUGGCUUGAAGAAAGUGACCACAACCCGCCUGGAUGCUCCCAGCCAUAUUGAGGCGAGAGAUGUCACAGACACCACAGCACUGAUCACCUGGUCCAAGCCCUUGGCUGAAAUCGAUAGCAUUGAGCUCUCCUAUGGCAUCAAGGAUGUGCCUGGAGACCGUACCACCAUCGACCUCACGCACGAAGACAACCAGUACUCCAUCGGGAACCUAAGACCUGACACGGAGUAUGAGGUGUCCCUCAUCUCCCGCAGAGUGGACAUGACAAGCAACCCUGCCAAGGAGACCUUCAUCACAGGUCUGGAUGCUCCCAGGAAUCUCCGCCGUGUCUCCCAGACAGACGACAGCAUCACCUUGGAGUGGAGAAAUGUCAAGGCAGACAUCGACAGUUACAGAAUUAAGUAUGCACCUAUCUCUGGAGGUGACCACGCCGAGAUAGAUGUUCCAAAGAGCCAGCAAGCCACGACCAAAACCACACUCACAGGUCUAAGGCCAGGAACAGAAUAUGGGGUUGGUGUUUCUGCUGUUAAGGGAGACAAGGAGAGCGACCCAGCGACCAUCAAUGCAGCCACAGAAAUUGAUGCACCUAAGGACCUACAGGUGUCUGAAACCACUCAAGAUAGUCUGACUUUAUUCUGGAAGACACCUCUGGCCAAGUUUGAUCGUUACCGCCUCAACUACAGCCUCCCCACAGGCCAGUCGAUGGAGGUCCAGCUGCCAAAGGACACCACCUCCCAUGUCCUGACAGACCUGGAGCCAGGGCAAGAAUACACUGUCCUCCUCACUGCCGAGAAGGGCAGACAUAAGAGCAAGCCUGCGCGUGUGAAGGCAUCCACAGAAGAAGUACCUUCCCUGGAAAAUCUCACGGUGACUGAGGCCGGCUGGGAUGGCCUCAGACUCAACUGGACUGCAGAUGACCUGGCCUAUGAGUACUUUGUCAUUCAGGUACAGGAAGCCAACAAGGUGGAGACUGCUCACAACUUCACAGUCCCUGGUAACCUCCGGGCGGCGGACAUCCCAGGCCUCAAGGUGGCCACUCCUUAUAUAGUCUCCAUCUAUGGGGUAGCCCGGGGCCAUAGAACACCAGUGCUCUCCGCUGAGACCUCCACAGGGAAAACUCCCAAUUUGGGAGAGGUCACUGUGGCCGAGGUGACCUGGGAUACCCUCAAGCUCAACUGGACUGCUCCAGAAGGAGCCUAUAAGAAUUUUUUCAUUCAGGUGCUAGAGGCUGACACGACCCAGACUGUCCAAAACCUCACAGUCCCAGGAGGACUGAGGUCUGUGGACCUGCCUGGUCUCAAAGCAGCCACCCGCUAUUACGUCACCCUUCAAGGGGUCACCCAGGACUUCAGCACGGCCCCUCGCUCUGUUGAGGUCUUGACAGAGAAGGUUCCAGGUCUGGGAAACUUCACAGUAACUAGGCUUAGAUGGGAUGUUCUCAAACUGGACUGAACCACGCCAGACAGGACUUAUGACCAGUUUAUCAUUUGAAUCCAGAAGACUAGCCAGGCAGAAUGGGCCUAUUCCAUUCCUGGUCACCUGUGCUCCAUGGAAAUCCUAGGCCUCAGGGUUGGUACUCCCUACACAGUCACCUUGCAUGGCAAAGUCAGGGGCCGCAACACUAAACUACUUGUUGUAGAGGUCAUCACAGAGGAUCUCCCUCAGCUGGGAGGCUUGUCUGUGACUGAGGUCAGCUGGGACGGCCUUACACUCAACUGGACUACUGAUGAUCUGGCCUAUCAGCACUUUGUCAUUCAGGUGCAGGAGGCCAACAAUGUGGAGGCCGCUCAGAACCUCACGGUACCCGGCAGCCUCAGAGCUGUGGACAUCCCAGGCCUCAAGGCUGACACCCCUUAUAGAGUUUCCAUCUAUGGGGUCAUCCAGGGCUAUAGAACACCGGUGCUCUCUACUGACAUCUCGACAGCCAAAGAACCUGAAAUUGGAAACUUAAACGUUUCUGAUGUAACUCCUGAGAGCUUCAAUCUCUCCUGGACAGCUACCGACGGGAUCUUCGACAUGUUUACUAUCGAAAUUAUUGAUUCUAAUAGGUUGCUGCUGACAGCAGAACAUAAUAUAUCUGGUGCUGAACGAACUACCCACAUCUCAGGGCUUCCGCCCAGUACUGACUUCAUUGUCUACCUCUCUGGAAUUGCUCCCAGCAUCCGUACCAAAACCAUCAGUACCACAGCCACCACAGAGGCCUUGCCCCUUCUGGAAAAUUUAACCAUUUCCGACACUAAUCCCUACGGGUUCACAGUUUCCUGGAUGGCAUCGGAGAAUGCCUUUGACAGCUUUCUAGUAACGGUGGUGGAUUCUGGGAAGCUGCUGGACCCCCAGGAAUUCACACUUUCAGGAAACCAGAGGAAGCUGGAGCUUAGAGGCCUCAUAACUGGCAUUGGCUAUGAGGUCCUGGUCUCCGGCUUCACCCAAGGGCACCAAACAAAGCCCUUGAGGGCUGAGACCAUCACAGAAGCUGAGCCGGAAGUUGACAACCUUCUAGUUUCAGAUGCCACUCCAGACGGUUUCCGUCUGUCCUGGACUGCUGAUGAAGGGAUAUUCGACAGUUUUGUUAUCAGGAUCAGAGAUACCAAAAAGCAAUCUGAACCACAAGAAAUAACCCUCCCUUCCCCCGAUCGUACCAGGGACAUAACAGGUCUCAGAGAGGCCACUGAGUACGAAAUUGAACUCUAUGGAAUAAGCCGAGGAAGGCGAUCCCAGCCAGUCAGUGCCAUAGCAACAACAGCCAUGGGUUCUCCAAAGGAAAUCAUGUUCUCAGACAUCACUGAAAAUGCAGCCACAGUCAGCUGGAGUGCACCUACUUCCCAAGUGGAGAGUUUCCGGAUUACUUAUGUGCCUAUGACAGGAGGUGCCCCAUCCAUGGUGACUGUGGAUGGAACAGACACUGAGACCCGGCUGGUGAAGCUUAUCCCUGGGGUGGAGUACCACGUCAGUGUGAUUGCCAUGAAGGGAUUUGAAGAAAGCGAUCCGGUCUCAGGGUCUCUAAUCACAGCUCUGGAUGGUCCAUCUGGCCUUCUGACAGCCAACAUCACAGACUCAGAAGCCUUGGCCAUGUGGCAGCCAGCCAUUGCUGCUGUGGACAGUUACGUCAUCUCCUACACAGGGGAGAGAGUACCCGAAGUUACACGCACCGUGUCUGGGAAUACAGUGGAGUACGAGCUACAUGACCUGGAGCCUGCCACGGAGUACACACUGAGUGUCUUUGCAGAGAAAGGACAGCAGAGGAGUUCGAUCAUCGCUACCAAGUUUACCACAGACCUCGAUUCUCCAAGAGAAUUGACUGCUACUGAGGUUCAGUCAGAAACUGCCCUCCUCACCUGGAGACCUCCCCGAGCAUCAGUCACUGGAUACCUCCUGGUCUAUGAAUCUGUGGAUGGUACAGUUAAGGAAGUCAUUGUGGGACCUGAUACCACCUCCUACAGCCUGGCAGACCUGAGCCCAUCCACCCACUACACUGCAAGGAUCCAGGCAUUGAGUGGGUCCCUGAGGAGCAAGCUGAUCCAGACCAUCUUCACCACAAUUGGACUCCUAUACCCAUUCCCCAGGGACUGCUCUCAAGCAAUGUUAAAUGGCGAUACCAGCUCUGGCCUCUACACCAUCUAUAUAAAUGGUGACAAGACCCAAGCACUGGAAGUCUACUGUGAUAUGACCUCUGAUGGAGGUGGAUGGAUCGUUUUCCUGAGACGCAAAAAUGGACGUGAGGACUUCUAUCGUAACUGGAAGGCCUAUGCUGCUGGGUUUGGAGACCGCAAAGAAGAAUUCUGGCUUGGACUGGAUAACCUGAGCAAAAUCACAGCCCAAGGGCAGUACGAACUCCGAGUGGACCUACAAGACCACGGGGAGUCAGCCUAUGCUGUGUAUGACAGGUUCAGUGUCGGAGAUGCCAAGAGUCGCUACAAGCUGAAGGUAGAAGGAUACAGUGGAACAGCAGGUGACUCCAUGAACUAUCACAAUGGUAGAUCCUUCUCCACCUAUGACAAGGACACAGACUCAGCCAUAACCAACUGUGCCUUGUCCUACAAAGGAGCUUUCUGGUAUAAGAACUGUCAUCGUGUCAACCUGAUGGGUAGAUAUGGGGACAAUAACCACAGUCAGGGGGUUAACUGGUUUCAUUGGAAGGGCCACGAGUACUCAAUCCAGUUUGCUGAGAUGAAACUGAGACCCAGCAACUUCCGAAAUCUGGAAGGCAGGCGUAAGCGGGCAUAAAUUCCAGGGACAAUUUGGUGAGAGAGGAAUGGGGCCCAGAGAAAAGAAAGGAUUUUUACCAAAGCAUCAACACAACCAGUCCAACGGUGAAGCUAUCCUUGGGCAUUUGGUGGGCAUCCAAGCAGACCAUGGAUCACUGAGGCACUGAUAUAGGCCCCUCUGCAAUGACUUCCUUUGCACCAAAGACAACAGUCUGCAACCAGUUUCUGCUUUCUUGUUUGAGCAAAGUCUCCUAGCAACCGCAACACCAUGAUUUUUACUUCUCUUGGGUGGUUCUGGCAAUGGGAGAGGGGCAAGCUGGCUAUCUAGUGGACAUGAUCAUUUUCAGAGCCAGCUGUAUUUUACACAAAGCUGUACAAUUGUUAUUGGUUGCAGUCACAAAGAUAAAACGUGUGUCAUUGGAAGUUACCCCUUGCCCCACACCCCACUGAUGUUUUGUACAUUUCCUACAACUGAAGCCAGAAAAGUGAUAUUGUUUAAAUUUUGAGGACAUUAAUAUUAUUAAUAUAAUAAUGGUGAUGGUGAUGAUGGUGAAAACUGAGGACUUUUAAAGAGAUGUUCCCUUCCCAAACUCGUCUGGACAGUACCUGAUUGUAUUUUUGUUUUGUUUUGUUUUUUAAUAAA